UCCCUUGCCCUUCCACCCGCUCUUCUCCAGCCGCGAGCCCCGCCCCCUCCUCGUGCUCCCCCCAGCCCCUCCACGUGCUCGGCUAGCCCCGCCCCCAGCCCACCCUCACCACCUCCAUGGCGGCGGCCCAGAGCCCCGGGGAGAGGAUCAACAUCCAGGGGGGCGAGGGCCCCCCCGGCCGGGGCCCCACGAAGGCCGGGAACGGCUGCCCGUGCGGAGACGCGCCGGCGGCGGCGCCGGCCUCGGGGCGGCGGCGGUCGUGGCGGCACAAGUGCGCCUCGUACGUGCUGGCGCUGCGGCCCUGGAGCUUCAGCGCGUCGCUGAGCCCCGUGGCGCUGGGCAGCGCGCUGGCCUACCGCUCGCAGGGCGCGCUGCAGCCGGGCCUGCUGCUGGGCAGCGCCGUGGCCGUGCUGGCCGUGCACGGCGCCGGCAACCUGGUCAACACCUACUACGACUUCUCCAAGGGCAUCGACCACAAGAAGAGCGACGACCGCACGCUGGUGGACCGCAUCCUGGAGCCGCAGGACGUGGUGCGCUUCGGCGUCUUCCUCUACACGCUGGGCUGCGUCUGUGCCGCCUGCCUCUACUGCCUGUCGGCGCUCAAGCUGGAGCACCUGGCGCUCAUCUUCUUCGGGGGCCUCUCCAGCUCCUUCCUCUACACCGGAGGAAUUGGAUUCAAAUAUGUGGCUUUGGGCGAUCUGGUCAUCCUUAUCACCUUCGGUCCGCUGGCCGUCAUGUUCGCCUAUGCUGUGCAGGUGGGGUCCCUGGCCAUCUUCCCAUUGGUCUAUGCCAUCCCCUUGGCUCUCAGCACUGAAGCCAUCCUCCAUUCCAACAAUACCAGGGACAUGGAGUCCGACAGAGAGGCCGGCAUCGUCACCCUGGCCAUUCUCAUCGGGCCCACCUUCUCCUACAUACUCUACAACACCCUGCUCUUCCUGCCCUACCUGAUCUUCAGCAUCUUGGCCACACGCUACACCAUCAGCAUGGCACUGCCCCUGCUCACCAUUCCCAUGGCCUUUUCACUCGAGAGACAGUUCAGGAGUCAGACCUUCAACAAGCUGCCUCAGAGGACUGCCAAGCUCAACCUUCUGCUGGGGCUCUUCUACGUCUUUGGCAUCAUCCUGGCGCCAGCAGGCUCUCUGCCCAGACUCUAAAGGGACCGGGGCGCCUCCACUCCAGGUUGAGAUCAGAGUGUCUGAGCACAGACCAGAUCUGGUGACCUCUCACCCUUUGGGCUAAUCUCCAGAGGCUGGUCAUGUUUUCUCACAGCCUUUAGAAGGAAUCCUAUUUGAAUGAUGGGGAUCAGGGCGAUCCAGGCGCAUGAUGGUCCACUAGAGGGCAGUGUCAGGUCACUGAAAUGAAGCUGCUCCUUCCACGAGUGAGUGCCCAGAGGGCUCUCACCUCACCAUCCCCCUUGAAUUAGGACCAUAAUUAUCAGUACUUCUUAGAGGGCUUAUUUAAACUAUGUUUCUUACUGAUCUUGGUCUUCUAUGGUGAUUAUACCAGGCUCAAUUAACAUGGGCGGUGCCUGUCUUUUCCCCUUUGAACUCUGGUCCAGAAAAAAGUACUGGAUGCUCAUUCCUCAUUUAGCAGCCCAGCGAGGUUCAGGAGUGUUUGCCCCUGGAUGCAGUCCCCUCUUGUCAGUUGCCACAAUUGACUAAAAAUAUCAGGCCGCCCUUUAGCAAAGGGCAUAGCUGGGGACAAGCAAAAAAACCCAAAACAGUCCCUAGAAGGGUAGUCUAGUAGUUUGUGUGGAGAGGGGAAGAGUGGCUGUUUCCUUGUAAAUCUGCCUGAAAAGACAGAAGGGAUUAGGAAUUUCAAUAACCCUUGGCCUGAAAACUGUGGUAGCCAUGACAGCUUGGUAGCCUGAGGGCAUUGGGGAGACUGUUUUCAGCCCCUCCCCUUUAACAGUUUCUUUUGAAUACCCUUGUCCAUUUAUCACAAGCAGGAAAAAAACCUUAGCUUUCAAUAACUAGAUUUCAUGGUAAGAGCCUAAGAACUGUUGCAGAGAUGCUACUUUGCUCUCUGCCCCAGGGUAAACAGACUAGGUACAUAGAUCCUUAUUGUUCCCAGGUCAGACUGGUGGGCCAUUUCUGAGCAGGAGUAAGCCCUACACAGCUAAUUAGUUUGUCUAUUUGAAGACAGAUGCAUUUUUGGCACAUUUUCACUAGAGGUUGCUUGAGAUGAAACCUGGGGAGGACCUUGCUAAGGAUACACUAAAAAUGGGAUGGGUUUUGUGCUUGUCUGGGCCUGUGUUUCCAUUUCCUUGAGGACAGAAGGUGCUUCAGAGACCGAGUCUGCUCACUUAAAUUAGGAACAUCCAGGCCAGAGAUCUCACAGGGUACUAGAUUCAUCCACAUUCUCUGUUAGGGCAUAUUGGCAUCAUCUGAUCAGAUUUUUGUUCCCUGUCCUGACAGCAGAGUUAAGGUUUUUGUGUCCAGGGUAGUGGCAUAAACCCCAGCUGGUGGACCAGGUUCACUGCACAGAUCACAGACCAGACUGCUGGGCCAGAAUUGGUCACAUCACGAGGAGAAAGAGGGUAGAGACCACCAAGGUUCUUUUUAAAGGUGCUUAGCAAAGGUUCUUGAGAAACCAGCAGUAAAGAGACAGGGUGAGGUCCUUGGCACUCUUUCCCCAAGACCUUUUUAAGAAAUGCCAAAGUUGCGUAGUUGCAGGGGCUCCUCUUGUCCUGUGGAACGGCGCUUUUCAGAUCUCAGGCCUUGAGGUUGGGGAAUGUAGUCUUCAGGUAGGUGAUCCCCAAGUUGGCUACCAUGUCUGACCAGACCCGCCCCAUCUGUAUCAUCUACCUACAUGCUAGAGUUUAGUGCCGAUUUUAAUACAUUUUUGUAUGGAGUUUUAUAUACAGCUCACCAUGUAUUUAUAUGGCUGUCCUUGAUUCAGUGAAGUUUUCUUAGUCCUGUUGAUUUAAAAAAAAAAAAAAGAAUUCACUCAUGAUGGUCUCUAGCUUCUUUGCCUUCUCCCAACCCCCUUUUACUUUGGAUCUCUUAGGAUCUCUGGAACGUGUGAUAGAUUGGUGUUGUUAGCCCAAAGUCAUUUUUAAUUCAUUGUGCUUAGCCAGACUUGUUUUUGUAGUUUAGCUAAGCUAUGUCUGUCUA